CCAUCAUUGGACCUCUGCGUGUGACGUCACGUAAAGCGAACGUGCCCUCCACGCAGCCGCUCGCUCUAGGCUCUCCUCUUUCGGAUGCUUUCGGGCUGCUUCGUCGAUUUUCUCAGCAGAGCUUUUAUUUUUGCCCUCAGUUUGGAGUGAAUCGAAGCGGACACCGUCUGGUCGAACUUUCUCCGAUCAGGAACCGAGAAAAUGACCUAUUUUAACAAGGGGCCAGCUUACGGUCUGUCUGCUGAAGUCAAAAGCAAAAUUGCUCAAAAGUAUGAUCUACAAAAAGAGGAGGAGCUUCGCUUCUGGAUUGAGGAGGUGACUGGAAUGUCCAUUGGAGAGAACUUCCAGAAAGGUCUGAAGGAUGGCGUCAUCCUCUGCGAACUCAUCAACAAGCUGCAGCCGGGUUUAGUGAAGAAAAUCAACCAUUCACAGCUGAACUGGCACAAGCUGGAAAACCUUGGAAAUUUCAUCAAAGCAAUCCUGACGUAUGGCCUUAAGCCCAGUGACAUCUUUGAGGCCAACGACCUGUUUGAAAACGGGAACAUGACCCAAGUACAGACCACUCUGCUCGCUCUGGCCAGCAUGGCAAAGACCAAAGGAAUCGACACCAAGAUUGAUAUUGGAGUAAAAUAUGCAGACAAACAAACUCGGCACUUUGAUGAAGAGAAGAUCAAGGCUGGACAGUGCGUGAUAGGACUCCAGAUGGGAACAAACAAAUGUGCCAGCCAGGCUGGAAUGACGGCGUACGGAACCAGAAGACAUCUGUAUGAUCCAAAGACUCAGACGGACAAACCCCACGACCAAACCACCAUCAGUCUGCAGAUGGGGACCAACAAAGGAGCUAGCCAGGCGGGCAUGGCAGCUCCAGGGACCCGCAGGGACAUCUUUGACCAGAAAGUGGCGCUGCAGCCUCUGGACAACUCCACCAUCUCCCUCCAGAUGGGCACCAACAAGGUGGCGUCCCAGAGGGGCAUGAGCGUCUACGGCCUGGGCAGACAAGUGUACGACCCCAAGUACUGCGCCCCGCCCACCGAGCCCGUCGUUCACACCAAUGGGAGCCAGGGGACCGGCACCAACGGCUCUGAAAUUAGCGACAGUGAAUAUCAGGCUGACUUCCAUGAGGAGGAGUACCAUGGAGGCUACCAUCAUGACUACAGCUCACAUUACAAUGAUCAGGACUAUUAGCAGAGGCCUCCCCUCCUCAGCAGUAUUAAUCUAUUUUAGCUACUUCGAAGGAACAAGACUCAUACUUCUCUCUAUAGUACUUUUAAUCUCUUUAAGUAUUAAAUUGUCUUUUUUGUUUGUUUUUUUUUUCAGCCUGGAGGUGUUAGUAUCAAAGGUAAGAAGUCGUAGUCCUGUAGGAGGUUUUUAUUUGAUAAGAAGUCUCAUCAAAAUCCACUGAAAAACAAAGUAGGAAGGUCCGAUGUAAAGAGUGGGGCUGGUUCUGGUGUUUUUAGUCCACUCAUCAGAGUAUAGCGGUUCCAUGUGAAGCCCUCAACUCUCUGUGAUUCAUCGUUCUUUUGCAUUCCUGAAAUGUAAACUUUGAAGCUUCAGGCUGAUGGUUACUGUCGGACUUCCUGGAACUUCCUCUUUGACCUCUAUGCCCGAGCUGUAUUUAUUGCAUUUACUCUUUUGUACGACAUUCCAUUGUCUUGUGAUGAAGAAUGAAGGUAGUUUGUCUCCAAUAAAGUCUUAUAUUCUCUGACA